AUUGUUCAGAAAGUACACGGUAAACAGUCCAAAGUAAAUUUUGCGGACGACAUGUGGACGACAACCGAUCUGAAAUCAUGUCAACUACCCGGAUCAGGCGCAUCGGCAAAAAAGUUUUCGAAGAAUUAAAGUCACACCAGUGACCAUGGAGUCUGAACAUGAUUGCCAUCACGAGGUUGAAGCGAGUUACGCAUAGGUUGGAACUGUACAGUUCUCGGCCUUUGCCGGAAGGCUGGUAAACCUUAUUCUCCCAUGGUGGCACAACAGGAGCAAACAGCCGCUCAUCGUCGCGCAAAAGGUCUAAGGUCACCUAGCAUCAAGAUCCCUCAAGCACCUAAAAAUGGCCACCACCCUUCCCAAGGACGUCUCCAGGCUCGGUCAGGAAAUUAAGUUGUUUGGAAAGUGGGACACCCAGGAUGUCGAAGUAAAGGACAUUUCCCUCACGGACUACAUCCAAGUCCGCCACGCCGUUUACCUGCCUCACACUGCUGGCCGUUAUGCCAAAAAGCAGUUCAAGAAGGCACAAAUGCCCAUCGUCGAACGAUUGGUUGACAGUUUGAUGAUGAAGGGCCGCAACAACGGCAAGAAGCUUAUGGCUGUCCGCAUUGUUGCACAUGCAUUCGAGAUUAUUCACCUCCUCACCGACCAGAACCCCAUCCAGAUUCUCGUUGAUGCCAUCGUCAACACCGGCCCUCGCGAAGACUCCACCCGUAUUGGCUCCCAGGGUACUGUCCGUCGUCAAGCCGUCGAUGUCUCACCCCUGCGGAGAGUCAACCAGGCCAUCGCUCUCCUGACCAUCGGCACGCGGGAGUCUGCCUUCCGCAACGUAAAAUCCAUCGCCGAGUGCCUUGCUGAUGAACUCAUCAACGCCGCCAAGGGUUCCUCGAACUCGUACGCCAUUAAGAAAAAGGACGAGCUCGAGCGUGUUGCCAAGUCCAACCGGUGAAACCCACUAUUCACGUACUUGGGAGGACCUGCGCGGUCCAGGUGUGACUGCUAUGGGCUUCUGGAUAUUCCUUUUUUCUGCCUCACUAUCAACGCUACGCUCAUGCACCCAUGCUGUUAUAUGUGUAUGUUAACCCCGAUGACAUUAUGCACACGCAUGAUCCCGCAUCAACCAUAUACGUAUGGAAUGGUGGCUAAUUCCCA